AUGGUGUUCCUCAUGUUCUGCCCGGCGUGCGCAAAUAUGCUAGCGCUGAAGAAGGCGGCGAGCCGAGGAACGGACGAGGCGCUCAUGCGCCUGUACUGCGGCUCCUGCGACUACGAGUACGAAAUGGACCGCACGAUAUCGCAGGAUGUUCCCCUGGAGAAGAAAGACGUGGACGACGUGCUCGGGAGCGAGGAGAUGUGGGCGACCGCCGCGAAGACGCAAGCGAUGUGUCCGCGCUGCCACCACGACGAGGCCUACCUGAAGGAAUUUCAGACGCGGUCAGCGGACGAGCCGACGACGCGGUACCACCGCUGCACCAAGUGCCACCACGCGUGGAAAGAGGACUAG